AUGGCCACCCACUUCGUCCUCAACACCGGCGCGAAGAUCCCGUCGGUCGGGCUUGGCACCUGGCAGGCUGACAACGGACUCGUCGGCGACGCCGUGUAUGCCGCCGUGAAGGCAGGUUACAGGCACAUUGACUGUGCUCAAGCAUACAACAACGAAAAAGAGGUCGGAUUUGGUCUCAAGAAAGUGCUGGACGAGGGCAUAGUCAAGCGUGAAGAUCUCUUCAUCACCUCCAAGCUUUGGAACACCAACCAUGCGCCGGAGGACGUCCUGGUUGCGCUGGACGGCACACUCAAGGACCUGCAAACUGAUUACGUGGAUCUUUACCUCAUGCAUUGGCCAGUGAGAAUGAAGAAAGGCGCCGGCUUCGGCCCGCAGAGCGUGGUUCCGUCAGAUAUCCCCGCGACGUGGGCCGCGAUGGAGAAGCUGUACGACGCCGGCAAGGCGCGCGCCAUCGGCGUCAGCAACUUCUCGAGCAAGAAGCUGGCGGACCUUCUCGCCGUGGCGCGCGUGCCCCCGGCCGUCGACCAGGUUGAAUGCCACCCCGUGUGGCAGCAGGGCAAGCUCCGCGCCUUCUGCGACUCCAACGGGAUACACCUCUCCGCCUACUCGCCGUUGGGGUCGCCGGGCACGAUGAUGGUGAAGGCAGGCGCGGUGCUGGAGCACCCGGUGGUCGUCUCGGCGGCAGAGAAGCUGGGGAAGACGCCGGCGCAGGUGGCGCUGCGCUGGGGCAUCCAGAUGGGGCACAGCGUGCUCCCGAAGAGCACCGACGAGGAGAGGAUCAGGGCGAACAUCGACGUCUACGACUGGUCCAUCCCGGACGACCUGUUCGCCAAGUUUUCUGAGAUCGAGCAGGCAAGUGAAGUGGCAUCAGAAACUCGGAAACUGAAAGCCUGA